UGAAAAGGUCUCGGAGCCACUUCCGGAUUUUAGGGCAAGAUGGCGGCCAGGAAAGUGGCAGCUGGGCCUGGUCUCCGCCUCGUCAUCUUCUCUCUCUGUCUCUCCGGAGGGCCCGCCUCCGGAGGCAAGAUGAAGGUGGUCGAGGAGCCCAACAGCUUCGGGCUCAACAACCCCUUCUUGCCUCCAUCGAACCGCCUUCAACCAAAGGCCUCCCCGGUGCCCCCCGUAGGCCCCGCGCAUCUCUUCCGACUGGCAGGGAAGUGCUUCAGUUUCGUGGAAUCCAUGUACAAGUACGAGUUCUGCCCCUUCCGGAAUGUCACGCAGCAUGAGCAGACCGUCCGGUGGAACGCCUACAGCGGGAUCCUGGGAAUCUGGCGCGAAUGGGAAAUCGAGAACAAGACCUUCACGGGGAUGUGGAUGAGGAACGGCGACUCUUGCGGAACUAAGAACAGAGAGACUAAGGUGCAUCUCGUCUGUGGGAAGAGCCACCGCUUGGCUCAGGUCUCCGAACCCAGCACCUGCCUUUAUGCGCUUACCUUCGAGACGCCACUGGUCUGCCAUCCUCACUCUCUCUUAGUGUAUCCCGCUCUGCCUGAAGGCCUCCAGCGGAAGUGGGACAGAGUGGAGCAGGCGCUGUAUGAGGAUCUCAUCACGGAGCAGGGUUACAAGAAGCGAUUGAGAGAGAUCUUUGAAGACGCUGGCUUCUAUCAAGCGGCAAGAGAAACAGAUGGGAAGAAGACCGAAUCCCCAGAGCCGGUAUUUGAUUCCUUGGACAAGUGCAACCAGGAAUCCAAGAAACUCUCUGAAGAUCUGCAGAGGCUUAAGGAUUUAUUGACCCGGCAUGGAGUGGCCUAUGAAGCAGUCCUAGCUGAAGGCGGUGACGGAAAGCAGGCCUCGGAGAGGAUCCCGGUGGAAACAUCUCCUUCUGCCCUUCCCUCGAAGGCAGGCCACCAGGUCUUGCGCGGAGACCCUGGAACAAGGAAUGACUCCCUGUGGAGGGGAAGGGACUGAGCGGUAGGUUUCUGCUCAUCCUUGAUGGUUCAAGGAGAGCACGGGAGAUGGCUGGUAAGGCUACCACCAGAUUGCAUUCCCAGCAAACCUGCGAAUACACUAUCUUCCUCUGUACCUUGGAGAAGAUGACAAGUGGACCCGGUGCUCCUCUCUUCUGAUUUGGCCAAACUUAUUUACCUGGAAUAAUAAUAACCCUGUGUCCAUUUCUGGGCAAAGCAAUUAAGAGGGAUAUUGACUCUAAGCUGGAAGGGGUCCAGAGGAAGGUGACUAAAAGGAUCCAAGUCCUGGAAUCCCAGAAUCCUCUCAGGAGCAGCUUAAAGAGCUGGGUCUGGGCUGAGAGAAGGGCAGGAAAGGAACUAAGCAUUUGAAAGGAUGUCCUAAGGAAGAGGGAGCUGGCUUCCUUUCUAUUCUGGAGACUAAGCCUCAGUGGAGCCAUGGUUCAAAUUCCAGAAAAGGAGAUUCUUCUUAAAGAUUAGGAAGACAUUCCUGACCAGAUGAUCUGUUCAACAGUGGAGCCCUCUGCCUCAGAGUCCAAGGGAAGCUCCUUCUUUCUCUGGAGGCUUUGAAGCAGUGGCUGGAUGACCAUCAGUCGGGACUGAUUUGAUUAUAUCUUAUUCAAUAGCAGAAGGUGGUUGAACCGGAUGGUUUUGUGUAUGGGAGGAGUCUCUUCUGACUAGAUUCCAUGCUAUGGCUAUCAUAUCUACCUCUCAAUUGCAUGUAUCUAGUCACUGGAUGGUCAUCUGUCGGGAGGGAUUGGAUUGUGUCUUCUUCAAUGGCAGGAAGUUGAACUGGACGGCCUUCUUUGGGCCUAUGAUUCUACAGAUCUGUUUCUCUCCAUGAACUCUCUUAAUGUCUGUGAGGCUGGAUGGCAGUGUGCCAGGAGAGAAUGGAGAAGUAGAGUCUGGGAAAACUUUGUGCCCAAAGGACUUAGAUUAGAAACUUGUUUCCCUAUUCCCUCACAAAUAAAACCUGUGAAUGUA